GUUUCUCUUUCUUCCUUCUCCGAUGUUCUCUUCAUCCCUCUCCCUCUCUUUCUUCAUUCCUCUCCGGCCAACACAGCAAUAUCCUUGCCAAAAGACUUUGUGGUUUAUGGGUUUUCCUCAGCGAAUGGUAUCAUUAUCCAUACAGGAGAGGUCGUCGUGGAUUGCCCAAACAAGGACUGCCACCAUCUCUUAAUACCCUCAGUACCCAUGGUAAUGAAACCAUCUAACCCUCUUUAUACGAAUUCAGUUCUAGAUUUUAGAAUCUCUCUCUCUCCUCCCUCAUUUUCCUUUUUUGAUUAGGAUCUGGAUUGCCAAACCCAGAUUGAACCUAGACUGGGUUUUGAACUUUGUGUGUGGUAUGGAGAACCCAGAUUAGCUACUGUAGUCUGCAUAUAGGAAUCAAUCAAACCCAGAUCUGGAUUGCAAACCUUGCAUGGAAUCAAUUGAAGCCUUCAAGGACAGACUGCAAGGCUCGAUUGUUAUAGCUGACUUAGGUCUCGAUCUGCCACGAAAUCCAAAUAUCCAUUCAGAGAAGAUAAAGAUUAGUUUUGGAUUGUAGGUUAAGGAUCUCUGGGAUUUGUGAAUAUUUAAGAAUAUGGUUUUUCAAUUUUUGUUCUCGUGGAAAUUCUUUGAUUUGGUAUGUGUGAACUAUCAAUUUUGAUGGUUUAGUGAUGCUGAGAACUAGAAAUAUGAAGAAAUUGGUUUUUCUAAGAUUGUGAUUCUAGUAAAAUUGUUGAGUUUUA